AUGUUAGUUGAUAGUUUGAACAAUCAAAGGCUUCUAAGUCUCGAAGAAUAUCUAUCAUGUGCUCUGCCAUAUAUCGCAUAUUCUCCGUAUGGCACCAUUUCAACAAGCUUCAUAAAUGCAGUCGGCAACCCUCCGGACAAAGUGAUGAUUUGGGAAGAUUUUCUCGAAAGUGUAAAUAAUUAUACAUUCGAUCAAGAUGAACGAAAAUUCGAAAAACCGAUUUUUAUUGAAGAUUUUAUUACAACCAAUGAAGAAAUUGUCCGCCAGGCUGUGAAUGUUAAUGUUUGCCUGCCGUUGAACAGGAUCGUGUCUGAUUUUAAGUUUACAAUGCAAAACGUUCCUGGCACUGGUGACCAAGAUUUUGUUUGCCACAAAAAAGAUGGUGAUGAAUUGAUCUUGGCAAUCGAAAUCAAAAGAGUACACAUUUUAAACCACAUUGAAUCUGACCAAACGUUACCUAAAGUUUACGAAAAGGAUGCUAAAGUGAAGCAG